AAAGAUUGAUCGGAUUAUAUGCAAUCAGAAGAGUUGGGAAAGGCAGGAGAUGAAGAUAGAAAAGAGUUGUUGAGUCAACAUUAAAUUUGCGUACCCAGAUGAAUGAAUGAAGAAAGAAGAGAUGUGAGUCAUUAAAUGAGAGCAGUAAAGAAUCCUAAGCAGCUUCUUAAAAGUUAUUGCGGUGCGGUUAUUGUUACUGCGCUGCACUGCACCACGGCAUUUUCAAUUUCAAUUUCAAUUUCAAUUUGUUGUGAGCAAUUAGUUCCAAGAAGCCGUCAUUUGCUCGGCAUCUUCACCGGAAGAUCUGAUCCCCGGAUUCUCCAUUUAAUGCUCGCAAUUACUCCUCUACCGCUCCUCCUCCUUUGCCCUUCCCCCACCGUUCCCCUUUCUCUCAUUUUCCGAUUCAACUCAUGUUUUGACGUUUCUUAUUCCGGUCGUCGUCUGAGGCGCUGACGAGAUGAGAGAUUAUUCAGACUCAGAGUCUUCCUCGCAAUACCUUCAGAUCUGCCUGUACGGGAACAUGGCAAAAAAAAGCUUGAAUCUUUCCUUCACAGAUCUGCUACUGCUCACAACUUCAAGGGUUUUGUAGGAGUUGAUACUGAAAGCUUUUUUAUUUCUGUCUCUAUAUCUCUAUCUCUCUAUAUUUCUCUCUCUGUGCUUUUUGUUCUCAAGUUUCAGUUGUUGUGGUGAGUUCGUGGUGUACUGGAUUCAUUUGGGUUGACCAACAUGCCAGCCGGUUUGAUGGUUCCGGCCAGACAUGUGCCCCCUCUCAUGGCUCGUCAGAGUCUCUCAAAGCCUGGUUAUACUACCUCCUCCCCUGGACUAUCGCUUGCACAGCCCAACAUGGCGGCAGAAGGGCAGUUUGAUCAUGAUUUGAGUGUAAGUGCAAGGGCGGAGAGCGAGGGGGCCAUGGGCUUAAGAGAGGAGGAGUUGGAGAGCAAAUCCGGCAGUGAUAAUAUUGAAGGAGGUGGAGAUGAAGAUCAGGAUGUAGGCGAUCGCAGGCCUCGCAAGAAACGUUAUCAUCGACAUACUCAGCACCAAAUUCAAGAGAUGGAAAUGUUUUUCAAAGAGUGCCCGCAUCCGGACGACAAGCAGAGAAAGGAACUCAGCAGAGAACUUGGUCUUGAGCCUCUUCAAGUCAAGUUUUGGUUCCAGAAUAAACGCACGCAAAUGAAGACUCAACAUGAGCGUCACGAGAACUCGCAGCUGAGAUCAGAGAAUGAGAAGCUGCGAGCGGAGAAUAUGCGAUACAGAGAAGCACUGAGCAACGCGUCGUGCCCCAACUGCGGAGGUCCCGCCGCUCUGGGAGAGAUGUCAUUCGACGAACAACAACUUCGUGUGGAAAACGCGAGACUGAGAGAAGAGAUCGAUCGCAUUUCGGGAAUUGCUGCAAAAUAUGUUGGGAAGCCAUUGCUAUCAAUUGCACCAGCGGCCCCGCCGCUGGGCGCUUCUCUUUCACGUUCGAAUCUUGAUCUGGCGGUGGGGAGCUAUGGCUUGCCGCCAUCUCUCGGUGCAGACAUUUAUGGCUCCUCCUCGGUGGGUGAAAUAAGCAGUAAUUGCAAUAAUAAUAGUAAGUCUAUUGUGGGGCCAAGUGAGGUGGAAAAGCCCAUGGUAGUUGAGCUUGCUGUUACUGCAAUGGAGGAAUUGGUGAGAAUGGCACAGAUGGGGGAACCCCUAUGGACCUCGCAUCCCGACAACCCUUCUACUGAAAUUCUUAACCAAGAUGAGUAUAUCACAAGCUUUCCUCGAGGGAUCGGCCCAACUCCCUUCGGAUCAAGGAUCGAGGCAUCUAGAGCUACUGCUAUUGUUAUCAUGAAUGCCAUCAAUCUUGUUGAGACUCUAAUGGAUGUGAACCAAUGGUCGAGCAUGUUUCCCGGCAUAAUAUCAAGGGCAUUUACGGUGGAUGUUUUUUCGACAGGCGUGGCAGGCAACUACAACGGGGCCUUGCAAGUGAUGUAUGCAGAGUUUCAUGUGCCUUCUCCGUUAGUGCCCACUCGUGAGAAUUACUUGGUGAGGUACUGUAAGCAGCAUUCAGAAGGAUUAUGGGCUAUUGCUGAUGUUUCUUUGGAGAGCUUACGGGGAAACCCCGCGAAUAUGAUAAGGUGCCGAAGACGGCCCUCCGGAUGCCUCAUUCAAGAAAUGCCCAAUGGCUAUUCCAAGGUGACCUGGGUGGAGCAUAUUGAAGUGGAUGAGAGAGCAGUCCACCAUAUUUAUCGUCAGCUGGUGAACUCAAGUCUCGCAUUCGGCGCCAAACGUUGGAUAGCGAAUCUGGAGAGACAAUGUGAACGUUUGGCUAGUGUGUUGGCGAGCAAUAUCAAUGCCAAGGAUCUCGGAGUGAUUCCGAAUCCGGAGGGACGGAAGAGCAUGUUGAAAUUGGCGGAGCGCAUGGGCAUAAGCUUCUGUGGAGGUGUGAGUGCAUCAAGUGCUCACACAUGGACUAGUCUGUCUGGAAGUGGGGCUGAGGAUGUGCGGGUAAUGAUCCGAAAGAGCGUAGAUGAUCCAGGCAGACCUCCUGGCAUUGUUCUCAGUGCUGCCACUUCUUUCUGGCUUCCUGUUCCACCCAAGACACUCUUUGAUUUCCUCAGAGAUGAAAAUUCUAGAAAUGAGUGGGAUAUCCUGUCGAAUGGUGGGUUGGUUCAGGAAAUGGCUCAUAUUGCCAACGGACAGGAUCCUGGCAAUUGCGUCUCUCUCUUGCGCGUCAAUAGCGUAAAUUCGAAUCAAAGCAACAUGCUCAUACUCCAGGAGAGCUGCGUUGAUGCAGCAGGUUCCUUCGUGAUCUAUGCUCCAGUCGAUAUUGCAGCCAUGAAUGAGGUUCUAAAUGGAGCAGAUCCAGACUAUGUGGCCAUUUUGCCUUCCGGAUUUGCCAUUUUACCAGAUGGUCCCAAGUGCAUUAAUUCAGUUAGUAACAGCAAUAGCCAUAGCCAUAGCAAUAAUGCAAAUGGCAAUGGCAAUGGCAACGAAGGAGGAGGGUCUCUACUCACAGUGGCUUUCCAAAUUCUGGUGGACUCGGUUCCAACGGCAAAGCUGUCACUGGGAUCUGUUGCCACUGUCAACAGUCUCAUUUCCUGUACAGUAGACAGGAUUAAAGCUGCUCUCAAUUGUGAAAAUCCUUAAAGAGCCACAAACAUCACCAAGCUAGCAAGAUGAAUGAGUUCUUGAAAAGUCAAGAACGCACCACAUACAAACAAACAUAAGAAAGUUGGCCUUGCCCUGUGGUGUGGAGGAGUUGUGUGUGCAUCUGCUCUGCUUCACCACUAUGCAAGGGUGGUGGUUCGGGUAUUGACUUUCGCCUACAACAUUACAUUUGCAUUUGCUUUUUGCUUGCAUGCAUGGUAGCCAAAUCUGGCUUCCAUGAAUCAUCAAUCAUGAAUCAUGAAUGAAUGAAGCUAUAUCAGCCCUUCUUCUUUUGCCUUUGUGCAUUACGUCUCAAGCUUACUCCUUUUAGAAGAGUUACUGUCAAAUUAGCCAGCCACACAAGCAAGUAGGCAUAUAUAGAUUAUGUUGUAUUUUCAUCUGUUAUUUGUUAUCAAUGUAAAGUUGCACCAUCUCAGGGUUAAUCAAA